AUGUUUCGGCCAAGCCCGUCCAUCUUUGUGCUUGCCACAUGUGUGGCACUCGGCUUUUGCGCUUCGCUGCAGGCGGUUGCCAGCUUCGGCACGAAUCCUACUAACAUCCAGAUGUAUAUCUACAUGCCGGAUAAGCUGGCGACGAAACCGGCCAUUAUCGUCGCGCUGCACCCCUGUGGUGGAACCGGUCCGCAGUGGUAUGCUAGUACCAAGCUCCCAUCAUACGCCGAUACGAACGGCUUUAUUCUCAUCUACCCCAGUACUUCCAAUUUCAACCACUGCUGGGAUGUACAGAGCGUGGGGAGCCUAACACACGGCCAAGGCGGCGACGCACUCGGAAUCAUCAGCAUGGUCAAUUAUACGCUGAGCAAGUAUAGCGGGGACCCAGCACGCGUGUUUGCUAUGGGGGGCUCUUCAGGCGCAAUGAUGACAAAUGUGUUGGCUGGGUCGUACCCAGAUGUGUUUGAGGCUGGCGCUGCCUUCUCAGGGACUGCUCACGCAUGCUUUGCUGGCGCCGCGAGUGCUACGCCCGCCACUCCAAACCAAACGUGUCAGAUGGGCCUCGAACACACAGCUGCGGAUUGGGGUAACUUCGCCCAUAACUCUUAUCCCGGAUAUACUGGGCGCCGAACUCGUAUGAUGGUCUUCCAUGGCCUAGCAGAUGGGUUGGUGAGACCGCAGUGUGCUAUCGAGGCGCUCAAGCAGUGGUCGUAUGUGCUCGACGUGCCGUGGAGCAAAAACGUUACGGGUUUCCCGUCCGCCGCUUAUACUCAGGAGAUCUACGGCGACGGGACCAAGCUGCAGGGCUUCUUUGGCCAGGGGGUGGGCCAUAUCGCCCCUGUGAAUGAACCCGUAAUGCUGAAGUUCUUCGGACUUACGGCUUAG